GGCUCGGCUCGCGCGUGAGGAGUGAAGUUGUUUUGGUCCAAAGAAAAACAUUAUUGUAUAACCGGCGGUCGGAACAAACUUUAAGUGAAAUUAGAUGAUUUUUGUGUGAAUUUCUCGUGCUGACUGCACUUUACUAUGUUGGCCCGACGACCUGUUCAGGCAAUUUCGAGCCUGAUUCGGAAUUUCUCAAGCAUUUCACUCAACGAGACUUCCAGGGCGGCAACGGUGAUACCCCUGAAGGCAACAUCAUGCCAAACGAAACCGGAAUUACCCAGUGGCAGCACAUCCCGGCUAGUGUUUCUUCCACGUGAAAUUUCACUGGACAUCGGCCAAGUCCGGAUCAAUCCGCUGUUGCCACGGAAAGAAAUCCUCGACCUGCCGCUGAUUAGUCGAAUCAUCGAGAAUCCGAACCAAUCCCGGAUCACCGAGAUCGGAGACCUCCCGCGGUCCCUUCCCGUGAUAGACCUGCCCAAGAGCAACACGGUCGACGACGGCGGAAUCCAGGCCGCCCGGUUGAUCGUGAUCCGACGCCGGAAGAUGCGCAAGCACAAGCUGAGGAAGCUGCGCAAGAAGAUGAAGUACGAGUGGGCCAAGGUGCGUCAACGGCGUGAACUUCGCAAGGAGAAGGCCUUCCAGGCGGAUCUGAUCGCCCAGAUUAAGGACGCCGAACGGUUCUCGGCGGAGGCGUACGUGGCGGACAAGCUGCGUCAGGCGACGGACACGCCGAUUCCGCGCUUCUGGAAGGGAAAGCGACUGCCCCAGUUCCUGAUCAAGCAGAAGCUGGGCAUUGAGUGAGAGCGUGCGGGUCGGGAUGAGUACCGGCUUAGCAAGUUAUGAUUAUGGUAAUAAAGCGUGUUGACAUAAAUAA